AAGUGGGCUCUUCUCUAUAGCAAUGGACAUGUCUCCAGGAAAGACACAGUUGGUGAUGGUCUAUAACAACAGUGCUCCAUAUUGGUCCACUGGAGAGUGGAAUGGGAAUUAUUUUACCAAAGUUCCGGAGGUGUAUGCUCCUAGGAGAUUCCAAAUGUCCUGCGUGAGGGUUUCUCCUGCAAGAAUAUACUUCACUUUUAAUGUAAUCCAGGCAGAUCAUGCCCUCACGGGGCGGAUCCUGGUAAACGCGAAUGGUGAGUUAAAGCUUUGCUACUGGAUGGAUGAUGGCACAUGGAGUCAAGGAUGGUCGUCAUUCCAAGGUCAGUGCAGUGACUAUGAUAUCUGCGGAGCCUAUGGCCUCUGCAAUGCCGAUGAUGUGUGUACUUGUGUUGAGGGUUUCACACCCAACAAGCAUGACACUCAAAGUUGGUGGUCAAAUGGGUGUGCUCGGCGAAGACCCCUGCAAUGCUCUGUCACAGAAGGCACAACCGAUGGCUUCUUGGAAGCCAAGAACCAAUACUUGUCCGAAGAAGGAGCUGUCAUAUACAACGAACCAACACAGAGAGGCUGCAGGACUGCUUGUCUAAACAAUUGCUCCUGCACAGCCUUUGCUUUUGUUAUUUCUUAUCCACCAGUCUGUAGACUCUGGUUUGGGGAUUUAUUCAAAAUGCGAGUUUCAUCUGAGAACCAAUCCAUCUUCAUUAGACUGGCUGCCUCUCAGUUAGGGCACUCGAUUUCAGAGGGAAGCAGCAAACCGUCCCCUCCUCUUCGUAGUUUUCUUCCUGGGACUAUUGCUUCUGUAUCUGUUGUUUUUGCUUUUCUGUUGGUUGGAUUUCUUCUGUGGAAACGUUGGAGACAUGCCAAGAAAAGCAAGGAAGAUGAUGUGCCGACUUCACUCAGAACAUUCACUUACAAAGAAUUGCGAGUUGCAACCCAGAAUUUCAAGCACAAGCUUGGGAGCGGAGCAUUCGGCUCUGUGUUCAAAGGAACUCUGCAAGACAACAAAGGAACUCUGCAAGACAACAUGCUCGUGGCAGUAAAGAGAUUAGAGGGUUCUACACAAGUAGAAAAGCAAUUCCGUGCGGAAAUAAGCACCAUCGGAAGAAUACAGCAUGUGAAUUUGGUGAGGCUCUUGGGAUUCUGCGUACAAGGCUCUCAAAGGCUUCUGGUGUAUGCCUACAUGCCCAAUGGCUCUCUAAACUCCGCUCUCUUUACAAAAGAUGAAGAAGUAGAGAAGGUGUUGGAUUGGAAGACUCGGUUUGAGAUCGCAUUGGGCAUUGCUCGAGGAUUACUUUAUCUCCAUGAGGAAUGCAGAGAUCGCAUCAUCCACUGCGAUAUUAAACCUGAAAACAUUCUGUUGGAUGGUGACUUUAGCCCGAAGGUGGCCGAUUUUGGGCUGGCAAAACUGGUGGGCAGAGAUUUCAGCCGCGUACUGACGACCGCAAGAGGAACUCGAGGGUAUCUGGCUCCCGAAUGGGUUUCCGGCCUUCCUAUCACUCCCAAAGCAGAUGUAUUCAGUUUUGGCAUGACUUUGUUUGAAAUUAUAUCCGGCCGAAGAAAUCUUGACUUGAAUGUGGAGGAGAGUAGGAUCUAGUUUCCUACUUGGAUGUCGUCUGAAAUUCAGAGAGGAAACAUAACUGGCAUUGUGGAUGCAAGGAUAGCGAAUGUGGCGGAUAUGGAGGAGGUAAGAAGAGCCGCUAUGCUGGGGAUGCUGUGUGUUCAAGACGAUGAAAAUAUAAGGCCGAGCAUGGGGGAAGUGGUGAAUAUACUGAAAGAGACGAUGGAGGCUCCCGUGACGCAAAUUCCGAGGUAUAUGCAGGUGUUACUAGAUCAGGUAGACGAUGAAGAUAGCAACACUUUCAAGGUCACUUCAACAAGUGAAACUACGGAAGGGCGAGAUGGUUUAAAUUAAAAGAAACGUUCAUAGUAGAUAGAACUAGGAUGCAAAAGUGGAAUGCAAUGGUGAGUAUUAAUUAUGGUAGUAUUGUAAUAGAUAUUUAUUUGAUAGUUAAUAGAUGAGUCAUGACAUAUUAAUUUAGGUAUAGGUUGGUGAUAGUUGGAGAUCAAUAUAUUUUUGUAUUAUAGUUUUAUUGGGUUAUUAGUGAGAAUAUUGUAUUCAA